UCCGUGGUGGCUGCCUCGACCCGGCGAGAAAGACGUCGGCAUGGACGACGAUAGCUUCUGCUUGCCUCCCUCGACAGGUUAUCAGCUAUUAGUCAUUUUCCCUUAUGCGCGUUGGUUCAUAACAAUGAGUUGUAGGUUGUAACUUGCACGUAGCUGACAUGUUUGGUAUGCUGCUUGUAAUGGAUGGUCCAAUGUGCAAAAUAGCUGUGUACUGCAGGUAAUAAUAAUGCAUCUAUUUGUCACCUUUUUCUCACAUGUGUCAUGUGUGAAUAUAUAGUUUAUACUUUAUAUAUUGCUAUUUGGGAUUGAUUUACACUGUCCCUUAUGUUAGAUAUAUGUUGUUGUCAUAAUUAUAUGUAAAUGCUUAUAAUUAUUCAGAUCCUCUAGCUUCAGAGAAAUGAGUUCAUUUUUCACUAGGGGCCUUCAAUUUUUUUAGUAGGAUAGGUUUAUGCUAGCUGUCCCUCCUUUUUUUUUAACAUAUCAAAAACACGUGAACUCAUUAGAUAGUCAGGCAACUAGAGAUCAUAUCAUGCUUUUUUCCUAAAUGAGAGACACAUGGACCUUCAGACGACGAACAUAACCAAUUAUUAGAACACAAAUUCUCAAGUAAAGGUCAUAUUUGAAAAGAAGAAAGUGUUCUUGACAAAAACAAACACACAGUUCAAAAGAGCCAGAAAAAUAAUCUGCAACAUUGACACAGUGGUGGUUCAGAUUUUUUUCUUUUUGGUUUGAUGUGUGGAUGUAGUUUUUCAAGUGCAUAUGUACAUGGUUAUAUCGAUUGCUUUCUUGAAAUUCAGCUUGCAGUCGAUACUCUUUUUAUCAUCAGGAAAGCAACAAAAAUCUACAUAGGAUCAGACUUGCAAAAACGCUGCUGCUGUUCAGCAGUUCUCACAAAUAUGGAUGGUAGAGCUUGUGGAUUUAUAUUGGUUUAUCAUACGGGCACAAUAGUUAUGUCUUUUUGUUGAUUUUGCUGUUGUUUUAAUAUUGUAUACAAGAUCUUAACUUGCUUUUGUUAACCUUUUACGUCAUUUGGUAUAUUUUUUACAUCAACUUAUAGUGUGUUUGGUCAAUGUAUUGUUGGAGACAAUGUGCCUCCUCUUUAUAUUCAACCAUACUCUUCUUAGUCAGGAAAUGUGGUUUACUACAGCUUUGCUUAUCCAUCUCAACUAAUACAAGUAAAGUCUUUGUCACACUUUCACUUUAAAAGGUUUCUCAUGAGAGUACACUAAUUAAGUGGCAAAUGUGAAUAGCUAUACAUUAGCAAGCAAAGAACCCCAAACUCCUCGAAAAAAGGCAGUCACAGUUCAUUGCUGGUUUCCUAGCGAUUUAGGCAGCCAUCAUCCAGUGCCAUCACGCCAUGUUGGUCAGCUGCGGAGACAAACUAUCGCUUUCAACGGCCGUUUCGUGUCACUGCUUUAUUUUUCCAUCGCUGCAUCGAUGUCGUGGCCUUCCACCGUCUUGCUUUUCCUGGCCGCUCAUCCAUCUGCGAGUGCCCGCUCUCCUCUCGACGCGUGCCCCUUUUCCAGCCCGUGUCCGGCCAUCGGCGAUGCCUCCAAGGUCCAGCCCCGCACAGUGGCCACUCUCUCUCAAUCCAUCUUAGUGCUCUGCCAUGCCGUACGGUGGUGACGGGGUUGGCUCUGCUCGCUGCUCCACUCCGCGGAGAACCCCAUGCCGAGUAGGGGAGGUAUUCUGCAUCGCUCUAUUCUUUCUUCCACAUACGGCGUUGGUUGCUUCUUGCUCUUUGUUCCUCGGUUUCUCCCACCUGGUAUUUUCCCUAAUCGCAUCAUCUCGUGUGCUACGAUCUUUCCGUUCUAUAUCUCCCUCUUGAUUCCCGCACUGCAAUGUCGAUGUUGUUUCAGUCGUGCGUCUGCUCACUGUUUUUUCCCCGAUUUUCCAGGUUGUGCGCUUGGAUUGCUGCCUCUCCCGCAUCACAUUUUCUUUUGGGGGAGCGAGGGGGGCAGCCUUGCCUCCCUCGGCUGCUGCUCGCUGAGCUACCACAUGGACCCAUCCAGAUUCACUCGCAUCUGCCCGCAAAGCCGUCCAUAUGUAGAUGGGUCCUCAUCAUCUGUUGCCAACGGGCGCCCAGAGUCGACAGGUGGUUGGUCCUGCACCAUAGAUGAGCCAUCAUCCUCCAACUGUUCUGCUAGGGGCUCAGCUCCCACAGGUUCAUCCUCCGCCAUAGGAGAUCAUUUUUGCCCAAUAGUACCAGCGUGUGUUGCUCGCAUGAACCGGAAAAAAAGACAGACCGCUAGGAGAGCGCGCCUUAUUUUGCGACAAGGACCUGUGCCGCAUUCGCUCUCCAUGAGGGCCACAUGUUUCGUGCCAAAGGAAUACAUGCAAGUUCUUAAAGCUACGUACCUAGAUCGUUUCUACUAUGGUGGCCCUGACUAUGAGUGCAAUCAUUGUGCUGUGUUAUUUUGGUACCAAGAGAGAGUUGUUAGCCAGAGCUCGCACAGAGCUCAGAGGAUUUCAUACAAUUUGUGUUGUCGUGCUGGGAAGAUCUCCUUACCUGCACCUAAGCCUUUUCCUCCUAUCCUACAAGACUUGAUUCGUUUUGAUGGCACUUCCCGUUCCAACUCUUUCAUGCAGCUCAUUAGGCAAUAUAAUUCAUUAUUUGCAUUCACAUCACUUGGGGCUAACAUUGACAACAACAUAAACACUGGUAAUGGGCCUUAUGUUUUUCGUAUCAAUGGCGUUGUCCAUCAUAGAAUAGGCUCUCUUAUUCCUGCUGCUGGGCAGCGGCCGGAGUAUGCCCAGCUAUACAUAUAUGACACCAGCCAUGAGCUCCAGAAUAGGCUUAAUAUUUUUGACCGCACAGAUAAUACUGGAGAUGUCCCUGACCCUGCUAUUGUACAGGAGCUUAUCUCUAUGCUUGACCAGUGCAAUCCUCUUGUGCAACAGUUCCGCCUUGCUCGAGACAGAUUGCUCUUUCCAAGUGCUCCUGAGGUUGCUAUCAAGCUCAUUGGUUCAGGACAUUCUCAAAGUGACCGCUAUAGUCUUCCAACCGCCUCUGAGUUGGCGGCACUGAUCAUACCUGGUGCAUCUUGUGAGGCGUCAAAGUUUGACGUCAUUGUGCAGAAAAAUUCAGGUCAGUUAUGUCAGUUGUCACCCAUUCAUCCAGCCCUUUUGUCACUGCAGUACCCACUUCUAUUCCCGUAUGGUGAUGUGGGCUUCCAUAUUGGUAUUAAGCAUAAAGAGGUAGAUGAUCAGCCACCUGAUGCUCGCGAUGAAGUAUCGAUGCUUGAGUACUAUCGAUACCACUCCCACUACCGAAAGGGUGAGCCAAAUCCAUUCACCUGCUGUGGUCAGCUCUCUGAUCAGCUCGCCGUGAAUGGUUUCUCAUGUAUAGAAACAUCUCGGCUCACAUUCCAUUCCCUGAACCAGACAAAGCUUCGCUCUGAGACACAUCAAGGUAUAGCUGAUGCUGUUGGUAGGGGAGAUAGUGAAGGCAAAGAUGUCGGUACCAAGGUAAUUCUGCCAUCAAGUUUCACCGGGGGGAGGCGAUACAUGGUGCAGAACUACCAUGAUUCAAUGGCCAUCUGUCGUUCUUACGGUCCUCAGAUAUGCUCUACUUUCACCUGCAAUCCUAAAUGGCCAGAGAUUAUUGAAGCUAUUCGUUUUGAGCCAGGCCAAAAACCAAGUGAUAGAAGUGAUAUGGUAACACGUGUUUAUCAUAUGAAGUUAGAUGAGUACAUUGCAUCUAUUAAGAGUGGGGAGGCCUUUGGUCCCAUACAGGCUGUUGUAUACACUGUUGAGUUCCAGAAAAGAGGGUUGCCGCAUUCCCAUACAUUAACAUGGCUCACGGCUCAAUUUGAAGAACCUUCGCUUGCAUUCAUUGACAACUUGAUAUGUGCUGAGAUACCGGAUAUAACAACCGACAUGUUUGGGUUUGGUCUUGUUGAUGAAUUCAUGAUACAUGGCUCAUGUGGUGAGCACAAUCCAAGCUGCCCUUGCAUGAAGGAUGGUCGCUGUUCUAAGGGUUAUCCAAAACAGCUCUGUGAUGCAACUACCAUAGAUGAUGAUGGAUAUCCUAUCUAUCGUCGACGCAAUGAUGGUCGCUAUGUGGUGAAGAAUGGUGUUCCACUGGAUAACCGGUGGGUAGUCCCUUAUAAUCCAGCUCUUCUAAAAAAAUUCCAGGCACAUAUCAAUGUCAAAUGGUGCAAUAAAACAUACCUUGUCAAGUACCUUUUUAAAUAUGUAAAUAAGGGAGGUGAUUCUGCUAUGUUCACUUUUAGACAGAACACUUCAGAAGGGGCAGGGGCUCAUAGUGCUAACAAUGGAGGCAUAGAUGAGAUUAUGCAGUACAUUAAAUCCAGAUAUUUAUCAACAUGUGAAUCAUUCUGGAGAUUAUAUGGUUUUGAGAUCCAUGGAAGGACUCCUUCUGUUGCGCGUCUCGUUGUGCACUUGCCGAACAUGCAGUUCAUGACAUACCAUGAAGAAGCAGACCUUGGAGAGGUUAUGGAAGACCCUGAUUCGUCUAGAACAAUGCUUACUGAAUGGUUUGUUGCCAACAAGCGGCACAUAUUUGCCAGGGGUCUCACCUACUGUUUAUUCCCUUCCAAGUUUAGUUGUGACCCUAACAAGAAAGUUUGGACAAAGCGUAGAAGAGGAACCAAGAUUGGGAGAUUAAGGCACAUCCAUCCAAGUUCCGGGGAGCCGUUCUACCUUAGAAUGCUGCUCAUGCUUUGAGGAUAUUAGAACAUAUGAAGGUGUUCUAUAUAAUACCUAUCGUGAAGCUUGCCAGGCACGUGGUCUUAUUGGUGAUGACGUUGAAUGGGAUCACCUCUUUGAGGAGGCAGUUAUCUGGGCCACUGCAUACCAGCUCAGAAAUCUAUUUAUGACUGUUCUAGCACACUGUGAUGUAGGUGAUGUUAGGGUCCUGUUUGAUAAAUAUUGGAGGUACAUGGUAGAUGACUUUGCUUACAAGUUAACCAAAGCUCUUGGAGUACAGCGCACAGCUAUUCCAGAUGUUACAUUACAAAAUACCUUGCUCAAAGAGCUGGAUGGCAUGUUCUCAAAUAAUGGGCUAUCAAUCUCAUCAUACAAUUUGCCGGUGCCGGCUGACUGUUCAGGUUCCAGUGCAGGAAAUAGGCUUGUUUUAGAAGAGCUAAGCUUCAACCACGAUAGCUUCCAUCAGCAAUCUAUGUCCAUGUAUGCUAGCUUGAACAGUGACCAGAGGGGAAUAUAUGACAAGAGUUUUUCCAGGAUGGCUCAUCAUGAAAAGUGUGUUUUUUUAUAUCUGGCCAUGGUGGAACGGGGAAGACAUCCUUGUGGAAUGCUAUUAUGUCAAACUUGAGAUCAAGAGGUGAAAUUGUUCUUGCAGUUGCCUCUUCUGGAGUUGCAUCUCUACUCAUGCCUGGUGGGAGGACUGCUCAUUCAAGGUUUCGAAUACCUAUAGAUAUACAUGACUGGUCCAUGUGUGCCCGUUCGCAGAGGAACAAUCCUGGGAGAUCUUGUUAGGAAAGCAUCCUUGAUUAUAUGGGAUGAGGCACCCAUGACACACAGAUUGUGCUUUGAGGCACUGGAUAGAACUCUUCGAGAUAUUCAGUCCGCUGAUGAACCAGCUAAUGCACAUAAACCUUUUGGUGGUAAACCCAUUUUACUUGGUGGUGAUUUUAGGCAAGUCUUGCCAGUGAUUGAAUGAGGUACAAGAGCUGAUGUGGUGGAUGCUUCAUUGGUUAAGUCUGCGUUGUGGAAGCAUGUUGAGGUCUUACACCUUACCAUCAAUAUGAGGCUACACAACCCAUCAUUGUCGGACCAAUCCAAGGCUGAAUUGGUAGUAUUCGCUAAGUGGGUUCUUGACAUUGGCGAGGGUCGUGUUCCCAUGAACAAACGCCAGGGUGAGGUUGAGAAAACAUGGAUAGAUAUACCUAAGGAGUUGUUGCUUACUCCCUGCGAUGACAAGAUUGCAGCAAUAACUGAUGCUGUGUACCCAGAUUUUGAUAGGAAUUAUGACUGCAUUCCAUACCUUUCUCAGCGUGCAAUUGUCUGUCCAGUCAAUACAGUUGUUGAUGAGAUUAAUGAAAAAAUGCUUGCUAGAGUGCCCGGAGAAGCAAAGGACUAUCUUAGCAGUGACACUAUUUCAAAUGCACUUGAGAAGCCAGCUGAUUUUGAUCUGUUGUACUCCACAGAAUUUCUAAACUCAAUAUCCAUAAACAAUUUCCCAGAACAUCACAUAUCCCUGAAAAUUGGUUCAGCUGUAGUCCUACUUCGCAACGUUAACCAGUCACUCGGCCUUUGCAAUGGGACAAGAUUGAUGGUCACCUGGCUCGGUGAUUUUGUUUUUGAGUCCAGAAUCAUGACUGGGACAAAUAUUGGUCAGCUGGUUUGUAUUCCACGGAUUGUCCUAAGUGGGAAUAGCCCGAAGUGGCCUUUCACGCUCCAACGAAGACAGUUCCCUAUUAGACUAUGUUAUGCAAUGACAAUAAACGAAUGCCAAGGUCAAACUUUGGGGAAUGUUGGUGUAUACCUCAAGAACCCUGUCUUCACACAUGGCCAGCUAUAUGUCGCUGUUUCGCGUGCUGCAUCAAAGCAAGGGCUCAAAUUGCUGAUAGAGGAUGAUGAUGGCAAGCCUUGUUCCACUACCAGGAACAUUGUCUACAACGAAAUACUAUCGUCGUUGUAGACUGAUCUUAUUGUCGUUGUGUUUAUGAAACUUUGGUCCUUCUUUUGUGCACUUGUUUCUUCUAUGAUCCCAUUUCCCCAUCUAUCGUUUACUUUCGUAACUUAAACGAGGCCUCAUCAUCAUUCAUUACUCUGUCCACAGUGACUACAUAUUUUUUGAUUUCCCUAUUUUUUUACUGCCUUCUUUUCUGCUUCUAAAAUGAGCUGGUGUUCAUACCUGUGUUCGUCCUGUUUACCUAGCUGAUUGUUGUGAUGUCUCCCAUGUCUGCUUAUCGAUUGUUCUUUCUUAUUUUUCGAUGCUCUCCUUUUUGUUGACACCAUCAUUUCCUUUUAAACAUGCUUGCUUGACACGUGCUAGGUUGAUAAACAAUUCCUAGCUCAAAAAGAAGGCAUAUAUCCUCCACCACAGUCCUUCAGUAAUUAAAACUUUAUAUCCUCAUAUCCUGCAAGAUAUUGUUGUUAUGCUUCCCCUUUAUGAUAUAUAAUACAUUCUUUAUGCCCUGCAGAUGGAUUACACUAUGCUAAAAAAUGUCAUAGGAAUCACACCGUUGGCAGAUCCGAGUGCGAGACACUCGCUUCUCGGAAUUCACUGUAGCUAAUGAGCCUGGCAAGGUCUGCGUCUUGAUUUGGUCCUACUUGAUGAGCAGGGGGACAUGAUGGAUGCGCAGAUCCCAGGACGUCGUGUUGCUCAAUUAAGCCUUUGCUGAAGGAGGAUGUUGUGUAUUACAUCAGGUACUUCGAAGUCGCUGAGGCCCGACCCCAAUACAAACCUGUUGAUGGGAUGGUGAUGGCAAAAUUCACUGCCCACACAACUGUUACAGAGGACACCCAACCACCAUCCACAUUCCCAUCUCAUGCCUACAAGGUUCUUUCUUUUGAUGAGCUCAGAGGUCGUGCUUUUAGGAAAGAUAUUCUUUCAGAUGCUAUAGGUAUAGUGACAGCCAUCGGGCCAGUGCAAAGUGUUUCUUGUGGAGGUGUUAUGAAAGAUGUGUUAAAUGUUCACAUAACCAAUGGAAGAGAAAGUGAUGUCGUUGCAUUGUGGGGACCCCAUGCUACACAGUUCCAUGCUGAAAACUACAGCAGCAAUCAGACCAUGGACCUAUUGUCAUAUUAUUUGUUGGAUUAACUGUUAAAAUUCGAGAUCGUAAGAAAAAAAAAAUUCUUACCCUGCUAUUGUUCCUAUCCCAUUUGCCUGUUUGCAUGUUCUUGCUUAAAUAAUGUGCUCUUUCAUGCCUGCCAAACCAAUUGGCCCUACAAGAUAGUACUAUCUGCAGGUGGUAUCCCAAUGCACCAAUACAGGAAACAAUUUCUCUCAUAAGCAGCCUCCAUGGUAAUCCACAGGUGGUAAGGGCAAUAGAGCCUAGCUCCAGUCAGAAAGAGGCUAUACAUGUGAAAGUUUCUGAUAUCUGUGGCCUUAAUCCUCACGAGGCCCUGGGCAACACGUAUAUUGUUAAGAUGACCAUCAAGGAAUUAGUCCCUGGUGAAGCCUGGUGGUACAUAGCAUGCAGCACCUGUAAGAGGGGUGCAAGUGCAGAUGGAAGCACAUAUAAAUGUUCGAGGUGCACCACUAAUGCAAUUGAAACAAGGUGCAGAGUGACUGUCAUAGGUGUUGACCCAUCAGAUUUAGCAAACCAGGAUGCCAAAGCAGAUGAGUUUACCUUCUUUGGAGAAAUUGGUUACCAGUUGAUUGGCAUCCCUGUUCUUAACUUGGUUGCAUCUGUACAAGGAGCGCGAAACAUAGUCCCAUCAGAAAUCAAAGCAGUUUUUGGGAAAUAAUAUGUCAUUAGAACUAGUGUGUCACGUGGCUCAUUGCAGAGAAAUCGGAUAUCUUACCAAGUGGAUUCCCUCGUGCUAGCAUCACCAGAUGCAGCUCACACAAGUCCUUUGCCCAGCCACCGUGCUUGUGCGCCUUCUUUUGAACAUGGUUCAGCACCAGCUCAUGCAAUUGAACCACAAAUGAUAGUUGGCUCUUCUCUCCAGUCUUUUUUUUUUCGCGGGGGCAGCUUGAAGCCAACCAGGAUUUUAUUAAGGCUUAAGAAGGGGAGUACAAGAUUUUACAGGAGGUGAGUACAAGAGGUGAGACGGGCUGUACAAGCACGGCCACCUGGGCUCCGGGGCAGCUACACGGCUACUGUGGGCGGUCCGGCAAAAUUGCUAGGCAGCGUGAGCAAGCCAGCUGCUGCCCAGGUUCUCCAUUCUCCUAUUGUCGCGCUCAGGUUUCGCACGGUUACUUCCUUGUCUUUGAAAAUCCGUGCAUUUUGCUCUUUCCAGAUUAGCCAAGUGAUCAAAAUUACUCCAGCGAAGGUUUUUCUAUCCUUUUUAACAACCUGUUGGCGAUUAGCGAUCCACCAUUCUUGGAGGUCCCCAUUCGAUGCCGGGUGAUUUAUGCCCAUUCUUCCUUUUGCUUCCGCCCAGACUUGCAUCGUGUAAGCACAUUCACUGAAGAGAUGAUGGCAACUCUCCAUUUGUUUGUAGCAGAGAUAGCAGCGGGGAGCGAGGUGCCAUCCGCGCUUCUGCAGAUUGUCGGCCGUCAUGUAGGCUCCUGUCAUGGCUAAGAACAUGAAGAAUUUGCAUCGGGCGGGUGCGCGUGAUCUCCAUAUUAUGCUGCCCAGUCUUGAUUUUGUUUUGCCCAUGCUAAGGCGAGUGUAGGCUGAUCGAACGGAGAAGGUCCCAUCGGGUGCAGCAGCCCAGCUGAAAGUGUCCGGCUCUUCCGAUAGGUGCACAUCCGUUAGCAUGUCCCAGAUUUUGAAGAAUUGCGCCAUUGUGAGAAGAGACAGGCUCCCUUCGAUAUCAUUCACCCAAUCUGAUGUGUGAAGGGCCGAGGCCACCGUUCGUGACCUAUUCUUGACAAAGGAAAGCAAGAUUGGUGCCUGGUUUGCAAUGGAGCCUCCACUUGGGAGCCAGUUGUCUGUCCAGAACUAUGUUUUGGUGCCCGUCCCUACUGAUAUUUUUGCUGCUGCUCCAAAGCAGUGUUUGACAACCUUGGCCGGGAUUGGGGCGAAACCUGUCCAAGGCCGGUUCGGCUCUGUUCUCUGCAGCCACAACCAGUGGGUUCUAAGUGCGAUCCCCAGUAGUCGCAAGUUGAUAAUGCCAAGUCCUCCAUUGUCUACUGGUUGGCACAGUUUGUCCCAUGCAAUCGGGCUAAAACUUCCUGUGUGGUCAGCAUCUCCUUUCCAAGGAAGUUUCUGCACUUUUUUUCAAUUUCUUUGAUUGCCCAAACUGGUAGCUCCUGGACGGACAUGAAAUAGAUAGGUAGCGCCAUGACCACUUGUUUGAUGAGGGCUAGCCGUGCAUCGGGGCCUAGCAGCUUUGGUUUCCAUCCUACCAGCUUCUUGUCCAUCUUUCCAGCAUUGGUUGGAUUAGUGACCUCCCCGGCUUGCGAAUUGAAAGUGGCAGCCCCAAAUAAGUAAUUGGCAGUCCUUUGAAUGGACAAUUGAGGAUCCCAUGAACUACUGUCUGUUGUUCUACUGUGCAGUUGAUCGGUGAGAGCGAGCUUUUGUUCAGGUUUGAGAUAAGCCCUGUGGCUGCUCCAAAGGUUUGCAGGAUGUCACGUAGGGUGGUGGCAUCCCGAGCUGUUGGGGAAAAGAAAAUGGCCACGUCAUCUGCAUAGAGGGAGGUUCUGAAGGGGAUGGUUUGAUCACCCAGUGGGGUCAAGAGCCCUCUUGUUGGAACCGAGCACAUGGCCGAGAAUAUUUCCAUCACCAAGAUGAAGAGGAGGGGUGACAACGGGUCCCCUUGUCUCAAACCCCUAGCCAGCCGAAUUCUGGCUGUUUCCUGUCCAUUUAUUAGGACUGAGGUUGAUGCUGUGCCGAGCAGUAUGGCAAUAGCAUCCGUCCAUCGUGUACUGAAACCCAAGUGUCUCAACAGAUCAACUAGAAAUUCCCAAGAAACUGAGUCGAAGGCCUUCGCAAUAUACAGCUUAAGUAACAUCACUGGGAGCUUCUUUUGGUGACAUGAUCUUACCACUCCGUGAGUGUAGAGAAAAUUCUCCUGUAUUCUCCUCCCCCUGAUGAAUGCCGAUUGAGUGGGGCUGAUUAAUUCAUCCAAUCUAGGGGCUAGUCUGGAGGCCAUGAUCUUGGAGAAAAUCUUUGCGAAACUAUGAACCAAGCUUAUAUUGGCCUGUAGUCGGAUAUCAUAGUGGGUUCCUCUUUUUUUGGCAGCAAUACAAUAGUAGCUGAGUUGAGCAGGUGGAGGUGCUGAGAAUUGGCUUGUAGCACUGCAUUGAGGGCCGCCGUCAGAUCUUCCUUAACAAUGUCCCAACAAGCUUUGAAGAAUAAGGUUGUGAAGCCAUCAGGCCCUGGGGCUUUAUCUGCUGGCAUAGCUAAGAUUGCCUUCUUGACCUCGUCGUGUGAUAUUUCAUCAUCCAUUUCAGAGAGGCUGAGCUGCUGGAUCCCAACAGCCCGAAGGUUAAUUCUGCGAGUGGGAGGGGAAGGUGUGCCCAUAAUACCUCAAAAGUAGUUAUGUGCCAGCUCUAGUUUGUCCUCUGUAAUUGCCCAGUCGUUACCAUUUCUAAGCAUCGGAAUUGCUUUCUUGCGUCGCCUUGCAUUGAUUUUCAGUUGAAAAUAUUGAGAAGACGUGCCGCUGUGUUUGAGGUGCCGUAGUCUGGAUCGCUGCCGCAAUCUUAUCUUUUCUAGAGAUGCCAGAGCGAGGCAUCGCCCUUUUAGGGUUGCCCUGAGGUGAAACUCGGGUGUUGAAAGAACUCGCUUGUCCUGGGCAGUGUCUAGCUGACGAAUGAUCUCCUGGGCGACUGCUAGUUGUAAGCGUAUCUCGCAGAUUUUUCUCUGCCCCCAAUUCUUGAGCGCAUUGGUUGUGGCUUGCAGCUUCAGGUCAAGGCCAUGUACUGCAUUGGUUCUGAAAUUGGCCGAGGUCCAUGCGUGCUGAACAAUUUCAGUGAACCCUUCUAGUUGAACCCAGAAAACUUCGAACUUAAACUUUCUAGGCCUGUUAAUCAUCCUCUCCCAGGAGAGCAGCAAUGGGCAGUGGUCGGAGGCUGAGGAGCUGAGAGCCUGAAGAUGUGCCUCUGGGAACAGCCCUUCCCAAUCUGGGUUAACUAACAGCUUGUCGAUUUUUGAGAGGGUGGGAUGUCUUUGUUCGUUACUCCAAGUAAAGCGACGACCGAAGAGAUACAGUUCCUUGAGCUCAAGAUCAUUGAUGCAAGCCCGGAACUGCCCGAUUAGCCUGCGAUUGACAUUUGCAUUAUUCUUGUCUGCCUCUGUUGCUAGUAGGUUGAAGUCACCAGCAAUGCACCAAGCAGCUAGGUUGUUGACUUCCCAGAUAUGUGUUGCUUCGAAUAGGUCACCUCGCCAUGCUGUGAACAAACCCCCUUUUGUUCCUUCGGCUGGUAUGAAGUCAAAACUAUCAAAAAGUGGACCACAACACUGGUAGAUAAUUUGCGGGCUCAAGGCCUCAAUCUUUGAUUCUUGACAACAGACAAUUGAAACACGCGGCGACCUGACCAUUU